AUGACAACAACAAUAAGACCAACGACAACGACACCAACGACGAAAACAUCAACGACGACAACGAAAAAAACACCAACGACAAAAACAACAACGACGACAGCGACGAGAACACCAACGACGACAACGACAAAAACACCAACGACGACAACGACAAAAAAAACGACGACAAAGACAAGAACACCAACGACGACUUCGACGACAACACCACCGACGACAUUGACAAAAAACACCAACGACGACAUCGACAAAAACACCAGCGACGAAAUCGACAAAAACACCAACGACGACAAAGACAAGAACACCAACGACGACAUCGACGACAACACCAACGACGACAUCGGCAAAAACACCAACGACGACAACACCAACGACGAGAACGGCAAAAACAGCAACAACGACAAAAACAACAACAAUGACAAAGACAAGAACACCAACGACGACAACGAGUAUAACAAUAACAAUAACAAUAGCAAUAGCAAUAAUAAUAAUAAUAAUAUUAACAUCCAUUAG